AUGUAUCUACUGAGAAGAAUUGUUGGUCAUAUGAUGAACACAGAUCUCUCCCAGCAGGUGCAAGUUGCAAUGGAGAACAUGCUUAAAAUGACAAAGGAAAUCGAUCAGAACUCUGCUGAAAUACUAGAAGAUAUAGAAAAGUCCAAAGACUCUGCUCUCCAGAGAAAGAAAAACUUAGAAGAAGAGAAGGAGCAUUUUCAGAAAGCUGCUUUUGCUGUUCUAAACAUGCUUAACAGAGAUCUCAACUGAAGCUCUAAUGUUGGCCAUU